AUGCCGAGAAAUAAUAACAACACUGGAGAGAGAGGAGAGUCGUCGAAGUCUGCAACAAAGGAAGGUCUGGUAUCACUCCAAUACCCGACGUUAUCGAGAACCAACUACUCAGCAUGGGCUAUGAAGAUGAAGGUCUACUUGCGUGCUGAAGGGCUGUGGGAUGCAAUCGAAUCAACUGAGUCUCUGGAUAGUCUUGAUGAAAGGAAGGAUCAAAUGGCCUUAGCAGCUAUCUAUCAAGCAAUCCCUGAGGAGAUGCUGUUUUUGUUAGCAGAGAUAGAGACAGCAAAAGAAGCAUGGCAGGCGUUAAAAACUAUUCAUGUCGGUGCCGAACGUGUAAAGGAGGCAAAGAUCCAAACUUUGAAGAUUGAGUUUGAAAUUAUGAAUAUGAAGGAGUCCGAGGCUAUUGAUGAUUAUGUAGCAAGGUUGACAGAAGUUGUUAAUAAAAUACGUACUUUUGGAGACAAGUUUGAAGAGGCAUACUUGGUGAAAAAAUUUCACCACUUAGUACGUCCUAAGUUUCUUCAUAUCGCAUCAGCAAUAGAGCAAUUUGCCGAUUUAAAGGUGAUGACCAUGGAGGAAGUCAUCGACCGUCUUAAAGCAUAUAAGGAACGGAUCGGUGGCAACAAAGAGAAUGCUGAGCAUGUCUUUUUGACUCAAGGAGAAUGGAAAGAGAAAAAUAGUUGCGACAAUGGAGGCCAUAGCCGAGGGCGAGGUCAUAGUGGUCGCUGGAGAGGGAGAGGUCAUGGAUGUGGAAAUGACUCGUUUAAUCAAGAGAAGAAGGCUGACAAGAGCAAGGUAAGAUGCUACAAUUGUCAAGGCCUAGGCCACUAUGCCUCAGAAUGUCGGAAGGUGAAGUGUUAUAAUUGCCAAAAGAUUGGCCAUUAUGCAUCGGACUGUAGAUCGAAGAAAAGGGAGGAUCAUUAUGCAUCCCACUGUAGAUCGAAGAAAAGGGAGAAUCAAGCGCACUUAACUGAGACGCAAAGUGAUGAGGAUGAGCCAACCUUACUUAUGGCACAAGUUUGUGAGGUCCGAAUUCUUGGUUCACCAGAGUUGACGGAAAUGGCUCUUUAUGAAGUAGUUUAG